AUUUGGGAGGGGACAUAAAAAUAGUUAUUCCAGUCCAGCGACUGCAGAACCUGCAGUCUACUGCAGUUAUUCUUAUUUGGCUCUUUGAAACGGACUGACCUCAUAUCAGUGCAGCAAAGGAGGAAGGAUGAAGUGGUGUGCCCUUUUUUGCGUUUUCUUUCUAUGUUUUCUUGCCAACAGUUUCAGUGUACCCUAUGACAAACCUCCAGCUGUGCCCUACUGGCCAUAUUCCACCUCAGAUUUCUGGAACUAUGUGGAGUACUUCCGCAGCAUCGGGGCCUACAACCACGUCAAUGAAAUGGCCAAGACAUUCUUCGCCCAACAGCAUCUGGGAGACACUCUGCGCUAUGAAGUGGCAGAACAGCAUGAACAUUGAGUUGAUGUGAUAUGAACAAGAGAUUUAGUUUACGUCAAAUGAUGUAACACUGCACGUAGUAAUGUUACUAAGCACCAUAUAGAUUGAUGCAUUGUAACUUGUGCUAAAGCAUUAAAAUGAACAAGCGGGCUAUUAUUAAAAAGCUUUU